AACAAAAUCACAUUUCUCUCUCGAAAAGUAGAAACCACAAUAAGGAAUUGCUAACCGCAGAAGAGAAGAAGAGAUCACGCAAAAUGGGGCUCACCGACGAUCAGGUAUCAUCGAUGAAGGAGGCGUUCAAUCUGUUCGACGCAGACAGCGACGGCAAAAUCGCGCCAUCGGAGCUCGGAAUCCUGAUGCGCUCCCUCGGCGGCAACCCUACGCAGGCGCAGCUAAAAGCCAUAAUCGCCGAGGAGAAGCUCACCGCGCCGUUCGAUUUUCAGAGGUUCCUCGAUCUCAUGGGGAAGCACUUGAAGGCGGAGCCGUUCGACAAGCAGCUCCGCGACGCGUUCCAGGUGCUCGACAAGGAGGGGACCGGCUUCAUCGUGGUGAAGGAGCUCAGGCACAUCCUCACCAGCAUCGGCGAGAAACUGGAGCCCGCCGAGUUCGACGAGUGGAUCCGAGAGGUCGACGUCGGAUCCGAUGGCAAGAUCAAAUACGAGGAUUUCAUCGCGCGCAUGGUCGCCAAAUGAGAAAGGUGAGUGAGAGGGGAGGUUCAUGCUUUUCACAAGCCGUGAAGUCGUGAAGAUGCAUAUGUUCGAUUUUAUUGAUUUUGAACUUCAUUUAUUGUUGUAGGUAGCAAGUUUCAUUUAUUUAUUGACUCAUAUCUUAUGAAAAAGGAAUGCCUAUUUCAUAAUUUA